CAGCAGAUGGCGAUAAUGACAGCGGUUUGUACGCUUUGUCCGCUAGCCGCCGUCGUUGUAGUACUAAAAACAGUACUAAACUGUUACAUAUCUAAUAAACUGAUAACACAUACUUUUUCUACACGACAAGGUUAAUUUAAAUUGUGAGAAGUUUGUUUUGAUAGCCAUCAAAAUGUCGUACAUGCUCCCUCAUCUUCACAAUGGCUGGCAAGUGGACCAGGCUAUUUUAUCAGAGGAAGACCGUGUGAUUGUUAUACGAUUUGGCCACGAUUGGGACCCUACAUGUAUGAAAAUGGAUGAAGUGUUGUACAGCAUCGCGGAAAAGGUGAAGAAUUUUGCAGUCAUUUAUCUUGUGGAUAUCACAGAAGUGCCAGAUUUCAACAAGAUGUACGAGUUGUAUGAUCCUUGCACAGUCAUGUUCUUUUUCAGGAACAAGCACAUCAUGAUUGAUCUUGGGACUGGUAACAACAACAAGAUAAACUGGACCAUGGAAGACAAGCAGGAGAUGAUAGACAUUAUUGAGACCGUCUACAGGGGGGCAAGAAAAGGAAGAGGUCUCGUAGUGUCCCCGAAAGAUUACUCAACCAAAUACAGAUACUGAUUUCUGUGUUUUUGUUUAGUCUUUGCAAUUUUUUUCCCUUCUCAUCAACAUCGGAUAAGAUCUGUGCAUUUAACAAUAUGGCCAUUUGGACUAUUUAAUGGCCUUGUUUUGGAUUUUCAACUUUAUAUUUAAAUGUUACACUGUUGUAGUUAUGGUCACCAGUCUUUUAUAAUAUUGUUCAUCUGAAAAUGCAACUGUAUAUUAAAUGAAUGGAUGAAUAA